UUUAUUUGUAUGAACCAUGUUUAAUAUAUAUAUACAUUUUUUUUUUGAGGUAUAUAUAUUUUAUUUAUCUAUCUAUUUUCGUAGAGCAAACGUUGCCGAUCCAAAGCCCAAAUUAGCUAUCCAGCACGGCCCAACCAGCACCCAAUCUAAGCCUAAAAAAUUAGGAAUUCCAAAAAAAAAGUUUAUUUCGUUCGGCACCGAACGAAACGCAACCUUAUCUCCCCCAGUACUCUCUCCUCUCCUCUCCACUCACUCAACCUCUCUCGCCCCUCUCCCGGUCUCCCCUCCCCCGCCGCAUCCGCUGCGCGUGACCACAAGCUCCUGCCGCAACCGCGCGACUCUGCCGGCCGACCACCGCAUCCGUCGCAUGCAUCGGCGGUUGCCGCACAACGAAGGUCACGGCUGGUCCCGCGACGGCCUCGGUUGGAGGAGGACGAUAGGUCCAUAGCGACGGACGCUCAAGUAAGAGGAGCGGCCCAAUGGCGGCGGCCUCGAGCACAGGGAUAAGUGCAGGCUGGGGAUGCAGGAGAGGUGCAGCGCGGGGUUUGGAGCUCCCAUGAGCUGGGUGUGGCGCAUCCGACGGCGACAGACACAGGGACGCGUUGAUCCGGGUGUGGCUGCUCAAUUCGUUCCCGUUCUGGCCGGAUCCGUGGCGGUGCUCAUCUCCGGCGAGGUGGCCUGUGACUCGCGGGACGACGGCGGCGCAAGACCACAGGAGGGGCUCAUCUCAUGGGACAGGGGCGCGAGGUCUUGUUGGCUUCGGUUGCCGGUGGCUUGACGAAGGGGUGGCCGGGGUCCGGCGCCAUGGAGGCUCUUCGAGGACGAGGAAGCAGACAGCGACGACAACUUUGAGGCCGGCGGGGGCGCCGUCUCCGCGUUCGAUGGUCAGGGUCCAACGCGGCCGCCGUUGGCUCCAUCCCCUACAGUUAUCAUGCGGAUAAGAGAACCAAAAACUACCACAUUGAUAUCUGCUUCAGGAAAAAUGGUUUGCGCUGGAGCAAAAAGUGAACAGCAAUGUAAACUCGCAGCUAGAAAGGUCAAAUAUUUGACGAUGUUUUCUUCUCCCAACCUGGCAAGGAGUAAGAAGUCAGUUGGAGUGAGAAGUGAAACAAGUACCAUGAGCUCAAGUGAAUCAUUCAUCAAGCUGUUUUGUCAGAGAUAUGUUUUGCUAGGCUGGAGGCUUGUGAGAUCUUCAGAUUAUCCUAAUUGCUUCUACAUAGAAGUUUUGGUUGGCUGAUAGCUUGCAAGAUCUUCAUAUUCUACAUAGAAGGUGCAGUGUGAUGUGAUGCAUAUGGAACUGGUAUUACUUUGCAGUAUGGAACUGGCGGUGGGUGUAUGAAAUGUGAUGGCUGUAACAUUAUACCUAAUUUCUUAUCAGUUCAUGAUAUGGCUGUUUGAAAUGUGAUACCUGGAUGUGAGUGUCUCUGGCGCGGGAUCCUGGACGCCUCCGGCGGCGGCUGGUGAAAGGGAUAGACGGAUCCUGGACAUCUUCAGCGACGGGUCCUGAAAGGGAUCGGCGCCGGAUCCUGGAAGCGUUCGGCUGAGGGUCCUCAACUGGACAUGCACCGGAUCAGUGGAGGCCGGAUCAGUGGAGACCAGCGGCGGAUCAGUGCCAGGGCGGCGGCGAAGGGAUGGAGCGGCGGCGGUGAAGGGAUGAAGAGCGGCGGCGGGCGAAUGAGGGCACAAACUCGGGCGUCUGUUUCUCGCUCGAGGGCACGAGACCUCGCUCGUACGUGCGGGGGAUUGGUUUGUGAUUUAUUUUCGCUGGUUAAUUUUCGCCGGGUUUUUCUUGCUGGUUAAUUUUCGCCGGUUUGUUCGUGUCAGAUGGGUGCGAAGGGAGGUUAGGCGCGUGGGGGCGGAUGUGGGACUCGGCCCUAGGGUUUUUCUUGGUUCAUCGCGGCUGAGCGGGAGGUGGGAGCAGGUACCAAAAAAGACCGGGUGAGGUGGGACGAAAAUUAAACCCGGAAUGUGACCUACCAACUGAGAUAUUAGGAGUAGAGAUUGCGCUGUCCUUUCCAAUUACUUCUGUUGUCUUACUCUUAUCAUUAAACCCCCACUACACCUAAAUUCUCGGGCUUGUGAUGAUUGAACUCUUUUUAAGGGGUGGUGCACACUACACAGACUGAUUCCUUCUAUAGCAUUUUUGUUAGACAAAUUCUUUAUAAAGCAAAUGGUAUACACACUUUAUUUGUGGUUGA